UUCUAAUAUUUUUUUAUUUAAGGAAAUGAUACAAAAAGAGUGUUAUUAUGUGACACUUGGAAUAAGUAGAACAGCUACUCCGGAUGAAAUCAAAAAAUAAUACAGAAAAUUAGCAUUGCAAUGGCAUCCUGUAUUGUUUAUAUAAUAUUAUAGGAUAAAAAUCCAGAAAAUAAAGAGAAGGCUCAAGAAAUGUUCAAACAAAUAGGAGAGGCUUAUUCUAUUCUAUCGGAUAUAGAAAAGAGAAAAUUUUAUGAUCAAUAUGGUCAUUAAGGGUAGAAUAUUAUUUCUAGUAUUUAUAGAAUGGAGGAAUAAAUCCAUUAACAUGAAGAGGAAGGUGAUUUUGCGUUUUUUACAUUUGAUCCUUUUGAGAUAUUUAAUAAUUUCUUUUGUUCUGGAGAUCUUCUGUUCGGAUCAGAUGAUGAUGAAUUUUUCAUAUUAGAGAAUAGAAGAAGAAAGAAGUAGAAGAAGAAGAACACUUACUCUAUUUUUGGAUCUAUGGUAAACAAUUUCAUCGACCCUCCCUUUUUUGAUAAUAAUUAGGGUGGUUAUUCAAAAUCAAUAUCAACAACCACAUAAUUUAUGUAGAAAUAUUAAUUUAUUUAAGCAAUGGCAAAUAAGUUACAGUAACUAAAGAGACUAUCAAAAAUGGAGGUAAAACUACUGUAAUCGAAAAAAGAAAUGAAAAUGGUAAAAUCACUUAGAAAAAAUACGAAAUAUAAGAUAAUUAAAGAAGACCUGAAUUAUAAUAUGAAGGAUAAAAAAAAAAGAAAAAAAAAUAAUAACAUUGA